CGAGGUCUCGCGAGAUUUUGGAGCAAAACAAAAAGAUGGCAGCGUCCACGAGUGAGCGUGCGGCCUGGUUGGUGGUUCUCCGUCAAUUGCGAACGCGCACGCUUCGAUAUUUGCAAUCUGUCACGGUUACAAUACACCCACUCUCUCGUGUAAUGAUGUUGACGGCGGACUUAAGCAUUAGAUGAAAUUGCACGCGGGUUCAGUGGUCUCCCACUGCGCUAUGAAGCCAACGACAAUUACUGCUGUCCCAUAAGCUGACACCGAAGCCAAGACUGUGAGCUGAGAGCAGCAAUCCACUACGAACCUUCUCAUUCGUGAUCUGCCUCUGCUGCAAGCUGGCAAUAGUUGUGAGUUGGCGUUACUGUAAACUGCCACAACAGACGGACUGUCUCGGAAGCGAGGCUUUUUUUAUAUUUGUUAGCUGUGGAUGUGUUCCCACUCGUAAGCCCUCGCAAGCAAUAAGCAGUCUUGGCCGUGACGAUGCGUUUGCCCAGCGGCCUGCGAGCUGCAUUGCGGCCAGUGGCGGCCGGGUUGCACUCCCGGAUGGCAUUUUGCGACGCCAAACAGGAGGACGAGGCCCCGACAGCGACGAAGUACGUGGGACGCAACGCCAAGCCCAAGGGCCGUGUGUUUGUAUGGGGCUUCACCUUCACGGGCGCCCUGGGCAUCCCAAAUUUCGUGUCGCCCGUGUCCAAGAGGCACAAGCCCCGGAAGAUACAGUUCACGCCGCACCGGCUGGAAACGGAUGACAAGAUCAUCUCGGCAGCAUGUGGUUAUGGAUUCACUCUGCUGGCCUCCAAAACCAAGGACCUCACCAAGCUGUGGGGUGCAGGGUUGAACAUAGACUCACAGAUCGGCUUUCACAGGAGCCGGAGUGACAGAACGAAGAGUUACGAUUACAUCCUCGAGCCAUCGCCGGUACCGCUUCCGCUGGUGGAGCAUCAGCAGACGCGCGUCUUGCAGGUGGCGUGCGGAAGAGCGCACUCCCUGGUCCUCACCGACAACGAAGGAGUCUUCAGCAUGGGAAACAACGCUUAUGGCCAGUGUGGGAGAGUAAUUAUUGAGGAUGAAGUUUAUAAGGGCAGCAGAUUAAUACAUAAAAUUGAGGGCAUAGAAGGGAAGGUAGUGGAGGUGGUGUGUGGGCAGGACCACAGCCUGUUCCGCACGGAGAAAGGCGAGCUGUAUGCUUGUGGCUGGGGUGCAGAUGGCCAGACUGGUCUGGGCAGCUAUGAGAUGUGCAGCACACCAAAACGGCUCGGAGGUGACUUGUCGGGUGAGCCGGUGGCCCAGGUGGCGUCGUACGGAGACUUUUGCCUGGCAGUCAGUGAGUCGGGAGAGCUGUUUGGCUGGGGCAACUCGGAAUACCGGCAGCUGGCUGCCAUCACAGAUGCCGUUCAGAUAAAUGUUCCCAAACACAUACCGCUUAAAAAUGUGGGGAAAGUGAAAAUGGCAGCUGCCGGUGGCACCAUUUGUGGAAUCCUUAACGAGGAGGGCGAGGUGUUCGUGUGGGGAUACGGGAUCCUGGGGAAGGGGCCUCGGCUCUCGGAGACGGAGACUCCCGAGCAGAUACCACCCUCUCUGUUCGGACGCACCGAGUUCGACCCCGACAUCAGAGUGAAGACGCUUCGUUGUGGACUCCACCACUUUGCUGCCGUGAAUACUCGCGGUGAACUUUUCAGCUGGGGUAAGAACAUGCGCGGGUGCCUGGGAAUUGGCCGGCCAGAUGACCAGUACUUCCCUUGGAGGGUAACGGUUGCAGGGGAGGUGGUGGACGUGGCGUGUGGGGUCGACCACUCUGUGGCGCUGGCCAAGACGUUGAUUUGACGUUUGCCGACAUGACUGGACAACAACCAAACCUGUGGUGCUACCCCCCCCCCACCUCCCUCAGUAGCUUGGGGGGGGGGGGGAGGUGCAUGACACAUGACACAGUGUUAAAGUGAGAAUAAGAUCACACUUUAAUUGAUGAAUCAGUGUAUUGUUACAUGCCCAGGAGUGUACAUGGAUUUGUCCAUUGCUAUGUAUAUUUUGUAAACUUGUUGAAAACCGUUAAUUUGGCUGAUCAUAAGAGCCUGGAAUAGCAUUGAGAAUAAUUUGAGUUAUAUUUUGUGAAUUUGUUUUCAUAUUAAAAGCCAUCUAAAUGUG